CGAUAACUUUUGUUAUUGUUUUUUUAGAAAGUGAAAACUAAUAAUUUUAUAUAAUAUAAAAUGACAGGUAACGAUAAUAGUUCUAAAAAGGUUUCUGUGUAUAAGCAAUGGAUUGUCGGUUUUAUUGCAUCGACAACCAUGCUAACAUACGGGAUGCAAAGCGGCUGGGUGUCGCCUGCCAUCACCGUGUUGCAGUCAGCGAGCAGCCCCGCUGGCUACCCCCUGUCCGACUACGACAUCUCGUUAAUCGCUAGUGGCAUUAGUGUCCUAGCCACAUUCACAGCGGUUAUAUACGGAUACAUAUCGGACUCUAUUGGUCGACGCUGGACAUUGGUCGUUAUAGUCAUUCCACAGAUUAUAUGUUUUGCAUUGAAGCUUGUGUCAGCUCACCCUGUCUGCCUCAUGGUGUCCCAGGCCCUGGCGGGCGUCGCCGGCGGAGGCGUGUUCACUGUCGCCCCUAUAUACAUCAAGGAAAUCGCACAGGACUCCUUGAGAGGCGUUCUGGGAUCCUCCGGAAUGUUUUUAGGGUUUCUCGGUCAGCUGAUAAUGUAUGCAAUGGGAGGAUACAUGAGCUAUUACACUAUACUCUGGAUAGUAGUGUGGCUGCCUAUUCUUAAUUUAAUCGUGCUAUUUAAAAUACCGGAAACACCAGCUUUCUUAAUUAAAAAAGGAAAAGUUGAGGAAGCCACAAAAGUGAUGGCGUGGCUGAGAGGAGUGGAAGAAAAUGACAAAGAACUGGAGAGAGACAUUUCAAUUGCCAAAAAUGAAAUAGCCACAUACGAAAAUUUACCAGCAGUAUCAUGGAAGACUAUUUUAUCAAACAAGAUAUCAAGAAAAGCUCUUUGUUUAUCUUUUCUUGCACUCACAUUGCUGGACUUGGGAGGAAAUUACGCGAUCAUAGCUUAUGCUUCAGUAAUUCUUAAAGACUCCGGAGUGACAAUUUCUCCAGAAUUGCAAGCAUUGUCUUUCCCUGCCCUUUUGGCACUAGGAUGUUUGUUAUCAGUUUUCACCGUGGAAAAAUUUGGAAGAAAGCCUUUAAUGAUAACAAGUGCAAUUUUAAUCGGAGUACCUUUAGCGAUAUUAGGAACACUGCUUCUCAUACAACAGAAUGGAGGUUCCUUUCCGUCUUGGUUAUCAGUUGUUUGUAUAAGCGCAUGCUUGUAUGCGAGCGGACUGCUAUAUCCGAUACCAUAUGUGGUCAUGUCGGAAAUUUUCAGCAUAGAGCUGAGAACAAAAGUACUUGGUGUUAUCGUGACAUCCGGUUGGCUGUUCUGCGCGUUACAGGCUGUCCUGUUCACACCAAUAUCCGAAUAUUUCGGGAGACAUACUUUGUUCUUCGGUUUUGCCUGCGUAAACUUUAUAGGAGCUGGUUUGGUGUAUAUAACAAUGCCAGAAACGAAAGGGAAGACUGUGGAGCAGAUUGAGAAAGAAUUCGGAAGUAGAAAAUAAUGAGCGCCUU